CCAUGGAGCCCAUGCUGUCUGUCCUCGUGUCUGGCGUCCCUGCACUCUGGUGGGCAUCACAGCCGUGCUCCUGUCCAGCUGAGCAUUGGCCGGACAGGACCCUGCCGUGCCCCUGCUGUACCCGCUCUACACGCAUUCUGGAAACCGGUGCAGGACAGGGACGCAGGCGCCCAGGCCCGGGGAAGGGCGCGGUGGCCUCCCGAGGGGUGGGGAGGUGGGGACACCCAGGGCCCCCCGUGUGGGGCAGAGGAUGGAGCCCAGGUGGCUGCCACCCGGCCACCCUCACAGGUCACGGCCACCAUCCGGAUGUGGGAGUGGCCCGUGGCCCCACCCUGCCGCUGCCAGGACACCAAGGUGCUGGCCUCUGUGAUGUCAACAGUAGCCCUAGAGGCCGCCAGGCAGCACUUCUGGGGACAGAGGCAGCCAUGCAGGCUCGGUGGCAGGAGGCCGCCUGGACCUAUGUCCCCUCAGCCACCCUGGAGUUGAACUUCCCCGCCCCGCUGUACAGUGAGGACUAUCUGUCCCUGGAGGGCCCCCGCUGGGCACCAGCCAUCAGGCAGGCCACGCGCUGGAAGUUCACACCCAUGGGACACGACGCCACCGGCCAGGUGUGGUACACGGGCCUGAACGCCCCGGAUGGCCACCGCCGUGAGGCCUACGCCCGCUGGCAGGGAUGCUACGGCCACCGCGAGCGCAGCCUGGCCCCCGCCUAUGCCCAGCACCUGCGGGAGACGGCCUGGUUCGAGCCCGUGGUGCCCGCACAGUACCUGAGCGGGGACCCGCGGUGGGGGAGCGCCCCACUGAGGGACAGGCUGGUCCGUGGCAAGGAGUUCGUGGUCAGCAGGCACCGGUUCGGGCUGGAGCGGCCCCGGCAGGCGUCCGACCACGUGCCCGGCCUGUCCCCGCCGCAGCGCCCGCCCUACACCACGCAGAGCCUCCGGCACCGGGCCCUGCAGCCCUACUGCCCCUCCACGGCCCGCCGGGCCCCGCCGGACCACGCGCCCCGCACCUCAUAAAGCUCAGGCCACCCGCCUCUGUGUGCUGACCCUGCUUGGGCGCCUGAACCCCACUUCCCCCCAGCUCCUGCACCCCCAGAGCUGGAACUGUCCUGACCCGGGGGGCAGCUGGGCCACCGAGACGUCCAGCCCCUGUGGGAUCCCGGGUGACCACGGCUCGUGACGGCAGAUCCACGCAGGCCCUGGCCCCCCGCCUGUCCCCUCUCCAGGCACAAAGCAGCCCAGCGUGGUCCCCGCCCAGCGGGCGCCUCUUUAUUAACUCCCAGUGGGGACCCCGGAGCCCCGGGCAGCCCCCGCUGCCCACUCAGCCAGGGCCCAGCCCCAAGCCUUGGCUCCUGGCCAGGGUCUCCCA